AGAAUCACGGCCCUGAAAAUUGAGCUCGGCCUUAUCGACCUCCUCCGACGUGCGGCUGUUGCGUCGGCUCGGCCUUCAUCAAAGGCUAAUUCUCUGCCUUGGAAUCUUCAGAGGCGGUGCUUCCAGUUCGAAGCCUUCGCGAGAUUCAAGCGUCGCACAGCUAACGCUCUUUAACGAUUGAAGCCACAGGGUUGCCUUCUCUAUCCACCUUCCCGUUGCGCUCGGCUGCUUUUGUUCUAUCUCUCGCGAAUCUAGAAUUGCGAACUCCGUCGUAUCAAUCAGGCAUCAUUGUCAGUACUUGUCUGAAGGUUGUAGCAUUGGCGUAAAGGGUUCAAAAGUUGAAUAGAGUGAGGAGAUGGAAUUAGAUGGAUCUCCCUAUAGAGAGAAGCGAGACGUGGGAGAUGGUGAUUCCGAGGAAAUUGGAGGGCAAAAGUCUAGAGAUUCGAGUAAGAAUAGGAAUAAGGAGCGGAAGAAGAGUGGUCACCGAGAAGAGAAGGAUCAAGGGAACAAAGAUAAAGAUAAAGAAGCAAAAGACGAUAGACUCUCAAGCAGGGAUAGGAGGAAGGAUGAUAGAGAUGAGCGUGAGAAGGAUAGGAGGAAGGAAGAUGGAGAAGAGCACGAGAAGGAUAGGAGCAGGAUUACUAAGGGUAGAGAGAAAGAGCGAGAUCAUGAACAGCGUGACAAACAUAGAGACAAGGAGAAGGAGCGGGAGCGGGAGCGCGAGAGGGAAAAAGAUCGAAAGGAUAGACGGAAGGAUCGAGAGGUAGAAAAGGAGAGUGAUGACAAAGAGAAGGGGAAGGAGAAGAGUAGCAGAGAGAAAGAAAGAGAGAGGGAAAAGGAGAAGCUAAAGGAGAAGGAGAGAGAAAAAUAUAGAGACAAAGGGAGAGAAAAGGAGAAGGACAGGUUGACAGAUGAAGCAAAGGAGAAGAGCAAUAGGCAGAGGGACCGGGAGGAAGAUCAUGACAGAGACAGGUCAAGAGAUAAAGAAAGGGUAACGAGGAAAGGGGAUGCACACGACUAUGAUAGGAUCAAGGAUGAUAGGGUGGAAUUUGACAUUGCCGAAGAAAAGGACGACGUUGGGCGCGGGCAAAAUCCCGAUAGUGCUUCAGAUGGAGCCAGGUUGUCCACCUCCAUACUACAGGACCGCAUCUCAAAGGCAAAAGAAGAGAGACUGAAAAGACAGCCCGAGCCUGAGGGUGCUUCUGAGAUAUUGGCAUGGGUUAAUAGGAGUCGUAAGCUUGAACAGAAAAGGAAUGCAGAAAAGGAGAAAGUCCUCCGGCUAUCGAAAGUAUUUGAGGAGCAGGAUGAUAUUGGUCACGGAGAGAGUGAAGAUGAGCAAGAAGUUCCCAGAAAUGCUCAUGAUCUAGCAGGGGUGAAAGUACUUCACGGACUUGAUAAGGUUAUUGACGGUGGAGCAGUUGUUUUGACACUCAAAGAUCAGAACAUACUUGCAAAUGGAGACAUCAAUGAAGAGGUUGAUAUGCUUGAGAACGUAGAAAUUGGAGAGCAGAAACAGAGGGAUGAAGCUUACAAAGCUUGCAAGAAGAAGACUGGAAUCUAUGAUGACAAAUUCAGUGAUGAUCCUGCAUCGGAGAAGAAAUUACUUCCACAAUAUGACGAUCCAGCUCAAGAUGAGGGGGUAACUCUCGACUCUAGUGGACGUUUGACCAAUGAAGCUGAAAAGAAACUGGAAGAGCUAAGGAGGAGGCUACAGAGUGCUUCUUCAAGUAGUCAUUAUGAAGAUCUCAGCUCAUCUGCCAAGAUCUCGUCUGAUUAUUUCACUCAAGAGGAAAUGCUUCAAUUCAGAAAGCCCAAGAAAAAGAAAUCCUUGAGGAAGAAAGAGAAGUUGGACUUAGAUGCCCUUGAAGCGGAAGCAAUUUCAGCAGGGAUUGGUGUUGGAGAUCUUGGAUCACGUAAGGAUGGGAGGAGGCAGGCUAGCAGAGAAGAACAAGAGAAAAUUGAUGCUGAGAUGAGAAAAAAUGCCUACCAAUUGGCCUAUGCUAAAGCAGAGGAGGCAUCUAGGUCACUGCGCGUGGAGCAAACUCUUCCCAUUAAGACGGAGAAUGAAGAAAACGCAGUCAUUGCCGAUGAUGAUGAGGAUCUUUAUAAAUCUUUAGAGAGAGCUAGGAAAUUGGCUCUGAAGAAGCAAGAAGAGGAGGGGCCUUCUGGUCCUAAAGCAAUAGCUCUCCGUGCCACUAGGAUCCCCAGCACACAGAGUGCAGAAAAUCAGAGUCUUGUGACUGGUGAAUCACAGGAAAGCAGGGUUGUCAUGACAGAAAUAGAAGGGUUUGUUUCAGGCCUCGAGGUUGAUGAAGCAUCUCGUAAGCCGGACACUGAAGAUGUCUUCAUGGAUGAAGACGAAGCACCAGUAACAUCUGAUAAUGAAACAAAAGAUGAGCCCGGAGGCUGGACUGAAUCUAAAGAAUUUGGUAAUGAUGAAAGUCCUGUUAAUGAGGAUGAGGAGGAAGUUGUUCCGGAUGAGACAAUUCAUGAAGCUGCAGUGGGGAAAGGGCUGUCGGGUGCCCUAAAGCUGCUCAAGGAUCGGGGAACGCUUAAAGAAACCGUUGAGUGGGGUGGUAGAAACAUGGAUAAGAAGAAAAGCAAGCUCGUAGGCAUUGCAGAUGAUGGACAGAAAGAGAUCCGCAUUGAAAGGACGGAUGAAUUUGGCCGAAUAUUAACCCCAAAGGAAGCUUUCCGAUUGAUUUCCCAUAAAUUUCAUGGAAAAGGACCUGGCAAAAUGAAGCAAGAGAAGCGCAUGAAGCAAUACCACGAAGAAUUGAAGUUGAAGCAGAUGAAGAAUUCAGACACGCCUUCAUUGUCUGCAGAGAGGAUGAGGGAAGCUCAAGCUCAAAUGAAGACACCUUAUCUUGUGCUAAGUGGUCAUGUUAAGCCGGGUCAAAACAGUGAUCCGAGAAGUGGAUUUGCCACCAUUGAGAAAGAUCCAGGGAGCUUAACGCCCAUGCUUGGAGAUAGGAAGGUUGAGCAUUUCUUGGGGAUAAAGCGAAAGCCUGAGCCUAGUAACUUGGGAGCACUAAAGAAGCCAAAAACUUGACGUGUUCUCGACAGGCCUUCUAUUAUACGUCGAGUUUGGAGCAACUUGCUUUUGGGGCUGGAAGUAAUUUCAGGCUCAGGGCAUCAAUUACAUCACCACAUUACAUUACUCUUAUCUGCUCUUGUUGCUUUCGAAGAUGUACUUAAGACCUGUAAGGCCAACAAGACGACAAGGCGGCAAUUUUUGAGAAUCCUUUGUUGCCCAAGAAUUUAAUGGCACCUUCACUAGCGAACUUAUUCACUGUUACUGUUCCUACAGAUAGUUGUACAGAUUUUGUGAUAAGCAGGUGGCUAUUUUCCCAGAUGCUACUCUUGCUGUUAGACAAGUGACCCGGCAAGUUAAAUGCUCUGCAUGUGUUUGUGGAGGGUUGAUGGCCAUUAGUGUAAAACCUAGUUUGAUUUGUUGUUAUGUAUAGGGCGUGCAUGCUUGUGUGUGAA